GCAUUCGGGUUAGAGAUACCGGCGUAAAACACACACACACAUACGCAGAGAUCAACCAUCACAGGGAGAGACAGCAGAGAGAGCAGCAGACGCCGCGAGACGCACUACGCGAUGGACUUUGUACCUGUGUACCACGGCCCCAUUGGCAAAGCCCUGUGUGAGCGGAGACUAUGCGAUGCGGGCAGGGAUGGCAGCUACCUCAUCCGAGACAGCGAGUCGGUGCCCGGAAUGUACUGCCUGUGUGUGCUGUGUAAAGGCUACGUCUACACGUAUAGGCUACAUCAGGAUGCAGAGGGAUCUUGGGCGGCUGAUACUGCACCAGACCAACAGAAGCGCUUGUUUCGAAAAGUCAAGAACUUGAUAAGUGCCUUCGAGAAGCCCGACCAAGGGAUCGCCAUUCCGCUCCUCUACCCGGUACCUCGGCCCCUCGUACCGACGACGCCCCCGUACAUGUCAACCACAGAGCAGCCGACUCCUCCUCCUCGGCCUGCGGGCCAGAAUCACAAUCAGAACCACAACCAGAACCUGCCCCAGGGACAGCACCAGCACAAGUCCACGCCCCGCGUCAAAGCGAAAAAACGGCCUUCUGUCUGAGGAGUUGGUCUCACGGCAUCCCUCCGUAGAGACUCUGGAGUUGAAAGCAGGCCAGAUGUUUUCAGUUAAUCCUUCCGAGGACUUUCUGGUUAUCUCGUCCUCACUCUGUUUCCCGACUUAUGUCUCGUCCCCCGACUUCUUCAUUUAUACCACUUUCUCUCUCCAUCUCUCACUCCCUCUCUUUCUCUCUCCAUCUCUCACUCCCUCUCUUUACCUCUCUCCUAAUUUUUUUCUCCUUAUUAUGAGGUAUAAUUCUAUGAAUUGAUUUUUAAUUAAAUUCAGUGUUUUUAUUAUUCUCUAUUUUUAUGACAUUUUUUGUCUUGGCUGAGAGUAAGAUUGUGGCACUUCUAUUUUAUUCCACAAAUAGAAACCUCAAGUCUAUCGCUACAAAUCUACAGUAGUUGAAAGGCUUUUCAGUAGAAAGCCAUCCUCUGUAACAUGGUUGUAGAGUCUGAAGACAAAGAUCCUGUUUUCAUACAACAAUUUGUUACAUGACAGACAUGUAUAGUUCUUCUACCCACAAGACAUGUAUGCAGGAUACAGGCAUUUAGCCUUUAUCCGCAAGCGCCAUUUUGUCAAUCGAUGAAGGAAUCAGUGUUCCUUUGAUCUGAAGUGGGGCCUACAUUAGUUGUCAAGAUCAUUUAAGAGGUUGUUACUGUGUUAACUGUAUUUAAAUACAGUAAAUGUAUACAUUUGUAAUGCUGACCAUGAUAAAUAAAUACAUAAAAUAAAGAUCAGGUAGGAUAGAAACAAA